AGUAGUAACAGACAGAACAAAGUAAGUCACCAAGCAAAAUAAAAUAAAAUGCGCAAAUCUAUGCCUAAUCAAACUAAAUACAGAUAAUCUCACCCUCAGAGAUGUUUCAGUAAGUUUUUCUCAGACUGGACACCUUCCAGGCCUGGGCACAAUUCUUUCCCCUGGUACAGCUCUUGUUGCAGCUCAGGUGGUAGCUAGGGGAUUCUUCAUGAUGGCUUCUCCCCCUCUCUGUUCUCUUCCCCCCUUUAUAUAUCUUUUGCAUAAGGCGGGAACUCUUUGUCUCUCUGGGUUUCCACCCCCACCUCACUGGAAAAGCACCAGGUUAAAGAUGGAUUCCAGUUCAGGUGUCAUGAUCACAUGUCACUGCAAGACUUCAUUACUCACUUGCCAGCACACACAUAUACAGGAAGACUUACAGUUCAAGACACCUGAGAGCUCCACAGCAGGGCAGCAUCCCCAGAGCGCAGCAGGGCGGGGGUUAGGGGGAGCAGUCGGUAGCAGCCCCUGCCCCUCGUACGGCAGGAGCGAGAAGUGCCAGCCCCUCUGCACAGAGCAGCAGUGUUCAGCCUGGGCCAGACGUGCUGCGGUGAUGGCUGCCCGGUGCCCUCGUCUCCUGCUCCUCACCGGCCUGGUGGCCCUGUCAGCCCCAGUUCUGACCCUGGAAAUACACAACCUGAACAUUUUAAAGGGACCCACUCAUGCAAUCAGGAACUUCCACCCAAAGCACCUGAAGGCAGAUCAGGGGAAAGGGAGCCUGCGGCACAGCCGAGCCAGUGACCCACAGUUACCAGAGGCCCACGAUCAGGGGAAAGGGAACCUCCGGCGCAGCAGAGCCAGUGACAUGCGGGUAGCCCAGGCCUGGCCCAAGGACUGCAGCGAGAUAACCUGGAACAGGGUCAGUGGCGUCUUCGUCAUCCAGCCCACAGGACUCCAUCAAUAUGAGGUCUACUGAGAGCUGAACAGCACCAGCGAGGGCUGGAUGGUUCUCCAGCGGAACCGACACGACACACAGAUCACCUGGGCUGAGUCCUGGAACCCUGCCCCUCUCCUGCCCAGACAGGGGGAGGGGAGGAAAGAGGCCCCUGGUGCUCCCAUGCCACCUGGCACAGGGCCUGGCUCUUCAUCUCUACAUCCGUCCUGCCCCUGCAGUCAGCAGGGCCCAGUUCUCUGAGGGGAUCAGUGCCCCCUCCCUCGGCAUCACCGUGGAGCUGCUCCAUGUGACACCAUCAUUCAGCUUGUGCCGAUCAAUCCUUUCAUAGGAAACAUUUGAAAAUGCUCUGGUUUGAAAUCUCCCAGUUCCCUCCCAAUAUGGGACUCCUGGCCGGGACCCUGCCUGUCGCCACGGGCAGCUUCUCACACUCCCCUCAGAGCACACGGGGGGAUGGGGACCUGGGACAUUAGGCAGUGGUCUGGCCAGCGAAAUCCCUGUUCUUUGUUCCUGAGCCGCACCUGGCACUGAUGCCAGUCCCAUUCCCAGGCCGUGAGGUUACACGCAAGCUGCCAACAGAAAAGGGGCAUGUUCAUCUUCCCUCUUCAGCAGCAUUAUCUGAUCCCACUGCGCCCUGCAGAGCCACAGUGAGCCAGGGAUGCUGGCUGGGCAGCACGGGGCGUGGGCUGGGCCCUGGGAGACAGGCCACGGGUGGAGCAGGGGUGGGGGCAGGCAGGGCUAAGCAGGGCUCUGGAAAUCUGGGGGGAGGAUGUCUGUGUGUAGGGGGAUGGACGGGGGAGCCUGACUGUGGGACUGGCCUGAGCUGGGAAUCUGGGCUGGGCAACAGUGACUGUCUCCACAGCAAGGCAACUAGGGCUUCCCAUAGGGCUGUGCCAGGGAACAGAGGCUGCAGCUUCAAGCAACCAUGCACAGGGCUCCCCAGAACCACAGAUUCCCCCACAACCCUGGUCCAGUCCUCCAGACACUCCUCCCCCAAUGCUCUUCUCUCCCAUAAUUCCCCUUACCCCAGUCAUCACCUUGCCCCCACAUUCCCAAUCACCCCGCCUGGCUCCCCAGCUCCCCUCCCCUCUGGGCUGCUGUGAGCGCGGAGCCGCGGAGUGUACUCUUAGCUGGCUGCUCCAGGGGGCACUGUCCUGGCAGAGGGAACUGGGAGUCGCGGCUCCUGAAGGGCGGGUUUGUGUUCCCAGCUUCUCACCGGCUCUUCCCUUUUGCAGCUGCCCGGUGCCCUCGUCUCCUGCUCCUCACCGGCCUGCUGGCCCUGUCAGCCCCAGUUCUCACCCUGGAAAUACACAACCUGAACAUCUUAAAGGGACCCACCUGUUGACGUCACUGGGCAUCACCCUAGGUAACUCGGGAGGGUAGACGACCAUAAGUGUCAAUGAAGCCUUCCUGCACUAGGCCUAAGUGAACCAAACUCUAUCCUUCCAUGUUGAAACUCUAAAAAGUUUAGACCUCAAAAGCCAGGUGCAAUUGGAAUGUGUAAGCAGCCAGCUAUCAGUGGUAACCCCCCUUACCGGUACCAAGCGGUAAUAAUGAGGCCUGCAUACCUCUGGCUGAAAGGGGAGAUAAUGAAUCAAAGAAAAGGGACAAGAUAAUAAUUCAAGAAGUAACAGAGGGUCCUGUGGCACCUUU